GUGCUCAAUUUUCCAUGCGAAACUCAGGGUGAACAGGCAUUCCAACAGAUAAUCGGUCAGAAGUUAAUUGGUCUCCAUCUUCCACCCCAACAGACCAUUGUCUCUAUUCUAAAGGAGCUUCUCAUUGAUUUGAGAACUCUACGCGAAGAGAAGCAGAUGAUCAAUUUGAUGCGUCAGAAGCAUCAGCUAUUCAUGAGUCCGCGUCAACCCCACGAUAACUCUAUGCUAACAUCGCCACUCAGUGAUCCUGGAGCUAGCGGAACUGGUGCUCAACUUCCAGGCAUUCUUAGGCAUUCCUCUGAAAGACACUUUGGAAUCCUUGAAGGUGGCCAGAUACGCCCGUUCUCACAGGUAGAAUUCCGACAGUCACUUCUUAGGCGCACUUCGGGCAAGCGUAUCACAGCCCAUGACGGUAGCAGGUUCCUAAAUCACCAUCGAACGUUAUCACAGCGGAAGCCAAUUCUCACUGCUUCAGUCGAAAGUCUACCAAGGCAAAGUGGACCUCCUGGUGCUCUAGAAAGGCGACAUAGAACAAGUAAUGACAGAAUCAAGGGUGAACUGAGGCGUGCUAUGACGAGUACAGGAAGAAUUGACAAGUCAGCUCAUGAACUCAUGAAUCUGACCAAUCGAGCACCCUCUUCGCGCGACAAUGACUUUGGAGACGAUGAGACUGCAUGUGGUGUUGAAGAGCUGAAUGCUCCUGCCAAUCCACUAAUUGCGGCCGCCGUCGCUACUUCCCUUUAUGGUUCAGCUGCCCCAUAUGCACAAGUUCGUGAAAAAGCUCGAGAGGAAUUGCCCGAUUUAAUUGGUCUAACGGAGCCUCCAGAGCCACUCUCAUCACACCGACGAGCUUCCACCAAUCCCUUAAAGCCGUCAAGGUCAAACCGGCUCAUAGAUAACAUUCCAUUGGUUGAUCUUCAUUUUUCUCCAUCUACCUCAUUUCCAACUUCUCCAGCUGCCCCAACUACUCCCCCACCUCCAAAUUUAGAGGACCCCCAGGCGGGUGUACCCCCAGCCUCUUUCCAAUCUAAUCCAGACCCAUCGAGUCACACUGACACCUCCAAAAAGAUUAACUAUGUUUAG